AUGUUUGUCAGUGCCACCGCCGGCCUGAGCCUGCCCUUACCCUGCUGUACCAGAAACUCCCGAGCAAGUGGAGGGAUUAUAACACCAUUGGCUACAGAGAAGGACUUCAGGAUUGAGAGGCUGAAGUUUAGGAAACUGGACAGAUCACUAAGAGCCAGGCUGGGCACAGGGACCAUGGAGCAUGGUGAGACACAAUCUGUCAGUGCAUGGAAAACCGCAGGAAGAACUUUGUUAAAAAAUACUCCAAGGAAAGAGCCUUUCCUAAACUUAGGAGAAGCCAGUGCCGCACAGCCAGGUGACAGUGCUGUCCAGGACAACGCAGCCAGACACCUGUUUCACAGCGUAAAUGAAGAACGCCUGAAGAGCAUACAAACUUUUGCAACCUUUAUUUCCUUAUUGGACAAUUAUGAGACAUCAACCGGUGUAGCAGAAGUAGUGACUCCAGAAGAAAUAGUUGAAAACAAUUGUUUUCUUGAUGCUAUCUUAGCGACAGAAGUAAUGAAAUUAACUCAUGAAUAUCUGCUUAAAAAAAAACUAGCAAAGCCAAACCUUGCCAAUUUCAAACAUCAGCUCUAUGACAUCUGGUUCCAGCUCUAUGCCAGGAAAGAAGGAGACAGAUCUGAUUCUUGUGGUUUUGAACAUGUUUUUGUUGGAGAAACAAGACAUGGUAAACAGAUCUUAGGUUUGCACAACUGGGUGCAAUUUUACCUUCAGGAAAAGUGCAACCAAAUUGACUACAAGGGAUAUGUCACUCGGAAGAACAAAACCAAGCCUGACAAAGAUGACCAAGUUUUGAGCAUCCAGUUCAGCUGGAAGGGCUCGGUCCAGGCAAUUGGAAGCACUUUUAUUGGUGUCAGCCCAGAGUUCGAAUUUGCCCUUUACACCAUCAUUUUCCUACUGGCUGAAGAAAGAGUCACACGUGAAACGGUGAAGAUAGAGCAGUAUGAACUACAGAUGGUUGUUUGCCGCCAUGGGCAUCACAUUGGAACAGCGUAUCCAGUACUCCUCAGCACCAGUAGUGAAGACUAG